CUCAACUAGAAAUCAAAAGUUUCAACGUUUCAGUUUCACACUUUUCUUUCUAAAACCUGACAUUUAAUGCUGAAUAACUUAUUUGAGUCUCCAAUAUGCUAAUACAUAUUACUGGCAUUGUUGAUUGAAAUUGAUUAAAUGGAUGUUUGUCUUUAAACAAGAGUAAACGACAAGCAGCACAAUUUGACUACAACAACAAUGGCCGCCAAUGAGGCUCUCACCAACCCUCUUGGUGACGGAGAAAGUAAAGAACAAGAUCCAUUUUAUCAACGUUUUAAAUAUUACAAAUGCAAGAAACCAACCCCAGAUUACAGUCAAGUGAUUGAUUUCUACAGACCAGAGAAUAUCAAGGACAUUGGAUAUGCUUAUACAACAGUUCCUCUUGGAGCACAUAUGGAUGGCCUCAGUCAUCAACAAUCAAUGUGUGGUCUUAUUCCACCAGCUGAAUGGAAAGUCUACACUCUAGAUGAACUUCCAGGGUUCUCAUUUAUAAAAAAUCCAUUCCAACCAAACUUACACAGAAGGAUUCUUCACAGAUGUAUCCAUGAUUUCCCAACAAACCGCAAUAGAUGCAACAAACUAUACAACGAUUUUAACCUUGAUUCAAUUCAAGAAAACAUCUGGGAUGACUCAUUCGAACUAAUGCGAAAUGAUCCAAGUUUGAAGAUGAAGAAAACUCUCAUGUACAAGUUGAGAUGGGUCACUUUGGGAUACCAUCAUAACUGGGACACUAAGGAAUACUCUCCAGAUGAUGUCACUUCAUUUCCCAGUGAUCUUGCUCAACUGAGCAAAUACAUUACCAAUGUACUUGGUUAUCAUACCUACUCCCCACAGGCUGCUGUAGUCAACUACUAUCGCAUGUAUUCUACAUUAGCAGGGCACCAGGAUCACUCAGAGUACGACAUGGAAGCACCACUGCUGUCAAUAAGCUUUGGUCAGCCAGCAAUAUUUCUACUUGGCGGGGACACCAAAGAUACGGCUCCUGCCCCGAUGUUUCUCCGAGAUGGUGACAUCAUCAUAAUGGCAGGCCCAGCUAGGAAAUUCUAUCAUGCAGUGCCAAAAAUUCUCAAUUCAAAGGACAUGGAAGCCUUGGAGGUUUCAAAUCAAGAAGUUGGGCAGAAAACAUUGGAUAAAAAUCUUAACAAAGAUGAAAAAAAUUGUACUAAUUGCCUCCAAUUAGAAGAGUGUCUUUCAAACAAGACUGCUGAACUUUUUGAAUCGGGUGAUGCUAAACAAAUUGCAGGUUGUGAUGUAGAUUGUGCAAAGACAGAAAUUAAGAAUCCCCCAGGGACACCAGGACAUAAUCCUAAGAGCGUAAAGGAUUCAACGACACCCUGUGUUUGCAAUGAUGAGCCAUGUUGGAAUGAAGCUACAGUGUCUGACGCUGAUUGGGUUUUAUUUGAGGACUACUUGAACGAAACUAGAGUGAAUCUGAACGUUAGACAGGUGUUUAAGCCAGGUGAAACGUUCCCAGAUCAAAUGGCCUCUUGAAUUUAUACCUUUACAUCGUGAGUUUUAUUCCCCAAUCAUUAUGGUGUAGUUGUUUUGUUCAAUCCAGUGUAGUUGAUAUUUUGGAAUGUUUUAGAAUGUAUCAUGAAAACUGCAUUAUACAU